AUUUUCUGGCGUCAGUUGAUUUGAAAACUUUUUUUUCCUCUGGAGUACCCCUUUAAUGCUGUGUAAAUCAAUGUAACUAAAUGAUUUAACAUAGCGUCAAAUACAUUUGCAGGAUCAAAUAGCAACAAUCACAGUGCAUGUGAAUGUACACCUAAAAGUAAAAGGGGACAGCACUUAAGCAUCACCAUGAAGGCAACAGACCUGGCUGGCAACAGGUCAGAAUCAGAAAAGAUGAUGAACUUUAUCAAAUCGGAACAGGAACCAGGGUAAAGAGAAGUCGUCCUACUAGAACUUGAACUUUGGGCGAUGGAUACUCACAAGAAGGAGAUGGAGUUCCUGAGUAACAGCAUAGCCGCAUAUGCACAUAUUAGAGAAAACCCGGAGUCAUUUGGACUUUACUUUGUUCUUGGUGUUUGUUUUGGGCUGAUUUUAACACUCUGUAUGCUGGUCAUACGCAUCUCUUGCAAACCACGGACUCCCAGUCUUCCCUCCAAACCUAAGAAACCUUCUCUAAAAGAGUCAUCUCUAAAAGAGCCCCUGUCUGUUACAGGAGAUGAGGAGGAUCCAGACAGUGACGACAAUGAGGACACUUUCAUUUUGACUCCUGUUACAGACACAUCGCUAGGAAGUCAGCCACCUAUGGAUGGUACAAUGACCAUUAAUGUGUUUACAUCGGCAGAAGAACUAGAGAGAGCCCAAAGAUUAGAGGAACGUGAGAGGAUAAUUCGAGAGAUAUGGAGAAAUGGACAGCCUGAUAUUCUGGGUACAGGAACUGGCACCAUAGGCCGUGUGCAUUACUAUUAGUAGGCAUGAGGAAAAACUUCAUAGAUUACAAGAUGGUGCUGUUCCUCAUGGCAACUAUCCUCCCAGGAUUUAAAGGACUCGGAUUGAUCUGAUAUCUCGCUGAUAGUAGCUGGUGCUCCAGAUCAUAUAACUAUAUUAUAGAGUGUUAGUAAGUGUGGCUGGAGAUCUGUACCAGCCAGAAUCCUGGCAGCGGUGCCAAUGUCAAUGCCCUUAAGUAAUUAAUCUGCUUUCAGGCUGGGGACCAAACCUAUGAUGAUUGACAUUUUAUUACUCCAGAACAAUGAAUCUAAAGCGGCACAACUACCUUUAGCGGUCAUAGAGGCAGGCGCUGGAGUCUCACUGAUCAAUGGGGCCAAUGUCCUUACCAGUCUGUGUAUGUAUUUCUCGAAAGACAUGGGCGGAGUCAAACCCAGAGAGCUAUAGUUAGUGACAAAUUAACGUAUAUUUGAAAUACGAAUCCUGUCUCUGAUGACUUUUCAAGAAAUGUCUAGAAGCUUAGAACUAGUGUAAGUUGUUACUACCAGAUGAGGGUGAAUCCACAAGUUUAUAGUACAAUCUAUACAUUCUUUAUUAUGGGAUCAGCAGCGUUUCUGUUAAAUUUCCAAACCAGGUGCAAUAUGUAGAUAAACUUACAGGUACGCAGCAUGUACUAUAAAGCGAAUGCUAUUAGCGAUUUAGCUAUUGACCCAUGUAUGUAAGAGCACACUAAAAUCUGUCCAUGGGGUUAUAAAGUGGACAGACAUUGUGAUGUCAUUUAUGACUCUGGGUGAGGUUGUUCUGCAUUGCAUUGCAAUUAACUGCAUACAUGCUGGAUUUGCAGGGAUGGAUGCUAACUACUCAGAUGAUGAGCAGAUGCGGAAUCCAUGUAUGUGAAUUCCCUGCUUAGCAGUCUACUGCAGUCCUCUUGUUGCUCAUGGGUUAAGAUGUCUGCAAUUUAUUACAGGACUUUGUGGCCUCUUGCUUUGAAAACAUCUGUUUUUCUUCUCGUUCCCCCACAGUGUGGGAACAUUGGUGCUUUAAGUUUCAUUCCUGAAUCUCCCCCGAGGUUAAGAGAACAUUCCACAUUAACAUUAAAAAUACUGCCGCAAGGGAAAAGACAGGAAGUGAUUUUUUUUUUUUACUUUAUUUUUAUGUAUCUUUUAUUUUGUACAAGUCACUACGGUAUUAGAUUUACAUAUGUAACAUUAGAUGAGUAUGUAUGGUAUUGGGACUGUGUGCAUUAGGUUUUUCUUCAAAUAUCCAUAUCAUAAAGCCAGGCUUGGAUUAAGCAAAGCCAUGGUGUACAACAUGGCCAAGACAUCUAUGAGUUAAGUUAUGUAAAGUCCCUAAAACAGGUUGGGGGAUCAUUGGAUUUGAGUAACCAUUAUAUAAAUAAUCUACAUAGGCAAACUAGCAGUCUGUCAAGGGUUAAUGAGCUUAAGUUCGAGAGCAUGCUGGGUCUGGGCUAUGUAAUGACUACUGUGUCACAUUUGUGCUCUGAAGAAGUCACUGUGCAAUAUUGUGGCCCAGUGUUUCUCUAAAAAGCUUUAUGCUAUCACUGGUCUUUGCAACCUGUUAAAAUGGGGAGGGCAUUAAAGGGCUAUUUCGGUAUCAGAAAAUGACAACGCUAGAUAAUAGAUCCAGCUUACCUAUACCGUGCAGGCACGGAUGGUGUAGAACGACACCAUCAUAAUAGAAGAAAAAGAAAGAUAUGAAGUCCAGUGCAGAAAGUUGUUUUAGAAACUUUGAUUUAUUCCAUGGAUGACAUACAUAAAUGACACGUUUCAGGUGUCUUGCACCCUUAGUCGUAUAACAUAUGCAAUAAGCUGAAGGACAAGCAUUAAGCUUUAUGCCAAGGUUUUAAAAAUGUUCCUAAUUUUGAAUGCUGAUGUCUGUUAUAAUUAAUUUUAGGUGUACCUGUGAAAGGUGAAACAUUGUGCGUUGGUGUAGUGCAUUUCUUCAUGUGCUGAGGAGAAGUAUUGUUUUGACUGUAUUUUGAAAUAGUGGAAAGAGUGGGGAAGAUUAACUAUUGCAAAUGUAUGAGAGUUCUGAAGUAACUUGUGACAUAAUGAUGACUUGCACCACAUUUAUUACAUAUUUUGGACACUUUAUAGACACUUUUGUGUUUUGCUCAGCAAAAAGGAGCAGCCUAGCAGAAAGGGGCAGAGCUUCAUUAAAUGGGGACGUGGCUUGUGUGCCACACUGUGUGCCAAAAAUGGUGCCAACAUUGUGUUGUAACAUUUUAGAUUAGAGUAAGCCUACUAAUAGUUGGUCUAAACUUAGAAUAGACAGUUCAUAGAUGUGCCUGGUUUAUCAAAUGGUAAGAGCUACUGUGAUGGAUCUGGCACAUUUCACAUUUGUCUGGACUAAGUUUGCACUGUCUAAGAAUUAGGCUGGGUUCACAUCACGUUUUGUCCCAUACGGGACCGCAUACUGCAGGGGCAGCUGAAAACUCGCACUCCCGUAUGCCUUCGUAUGCGGUCCCAUAUGUAAUUCAUUUCAAUGAGCUGACCGAAG